AUGCGUUCUUUCUUGCUUGUCGCCGUUGGCACCUUCGCCUUCAAGGCAAUGGCUCAAACAUCCACCUUUACCCCCGACAUGGCGUGGAAUGCCGUUACAGUCGGUCAAGUCUGGCCGAUCCACUGGACUGUUGGCGAUGGGACCCCCGUCUCCUUGUUCCUCGGGAACACGAGCUGGAAUACCCCAAUCUUCGAAAACAAAGCGGCCACCGACGGAGAGUAUGACUGGACCGUCGCAGUCCCCGACGGGUUUGUUGCUGGCAACUAUGCCCUGGCGUUGGUUCAGAGUGGUGCCAUGGACUUCUCUCCGCUGUUCAGCGUGAGCCUCUCUCCCGCGGGAUCCUCUGGUUCGACUUCAAUGCCCACUUCAAUGGCAACAUCGAUGCCCAAUGCUACGGUCACCGGCAAUCCCAUCUCUGCCACUGUCGACGCUACAACCACAGCCGCCCCAACCUUAACCGUCACAUAUUGGGAUCACGAAUGUGGAUGCACAAAGACAUCCGAGAUGCCAGCGACAGCCGCUGCCACCGGCUCAGGCUUGGCCGGCACACAAUACACCUGGUAUGACGAGGUCUGCGGUUGCACCAAGACCGCCAUGGCCCCGGCUCCUACCACCGCUCAAUGUCCUGGAAGCGGGUGCACAAGCUAUACCGCUCCGCCUGGUGGAAAUGUGCCGCCUUCGCCAACUUCGACCUCCGCUGGCGCCCCGGCGCCCUCAGCAUCGACAUUCCAGGGUGAUGCGAACCAAUUGGGAAGCUCUGUGAUGGCUAUUGUGGGAUUGAUUGCGGCAGCAAUGUUUGCAUAA